UUUCAACCUGCCUGCAAUAAUCCUCACUGUGCAACUCCAUUUAUUGACAUCGUCAAAAAACAAUUCAGACUCCAAUUGAACAUCACGGCCACGAUGCUGAUGAAGCGACAACGACACUAAACCUGUGAUCCUUGCAGCGCUUACGGGCAAUCAUCAGUCGCAAUACCAAACUUCAAUCAUAUGUCCAGAAUUCAUGCGCAAUCACCGGCUUCUCCGAAUGACAUGAUGGACGAGCUCAACGGCCAAACAGAACAUGCACCCAGCUGCCCAGUGCCUGCUCGGAGAUUGGGGGCCCUUGAGCAUCCCAUGAUUAUCAAAAAUGUGGACAAGGCCAUGAACACAUUUCCUGCACACUACUCACUCGAGGCUAUUGUUGAUUCAUCCAGCCCUCAAGUGUCCAUUCCACUUUAUCUACGACACAGUGACCCGACAGUGAGGCCGAUUGUCUCGCACAAUGCUCUCACCCACAAUGUUGUUGUCAAAGUCACGGUUCCCAAGCGUACGGGGCGGAAGCGUAAACGUGGGACUGAUGAUCCCUUCGAGGGUCCCGUUGUCGACAACAACACGUCCACGACAACAAAUCCCAAUGAAGAAGUCUUCUCCCGGGACCGAUUAGACGCCCCUCGGCUUCUCCGUCGAAAGCUCAGUGACAAUGUAGGGAAGUACACCGUUGAGCCCAUCGGCGUCAUCACCAACACGCACCGCUACCGCGGCCUCGCCGACUUCCAGUACGCCAUGGGCAACUCCCCCUUCAUGUCCCGAUUCGUCGACCAGGUGCUGCCCGGCGACGUCGCCAAGCUCAAGGAGUUCGCCAUCCAACCGGGCAUCGAAUCCGGGAAGAACAUCGAUUUGAUCCCUCCUCCUAACUUCACCCCCAUGAGCUUGCCCUUCCAAUACGGUUACGCCCAGAAUCCGUACACCAAGGAAAUCAGCCCCGGCACUGCUGGCCAAGCGGACGACGACGGCGGCGACUCCGAUGUCGACUCUGAAGCCGAGUUCCGGCGCGUGGUCAAUGUGACCUCUCGUGUCCCGGCCGCCGGCUACUUCAUCGCGCACGAUGAGUAUCCCGUCCCGUCCGCCCCCCGGCGCCAGCCCAACCUGGCCGACCCACAGGUCGCUCUUAUCAUGAAGGAAAUGUGGGCGGCAAUGGAAGAGCGGCCGAUCUGGACACGGCGCAGCAUGUGGAACCGGCUAGGCUCCAAGUUCGCCUCUUUGCCCAAAAGCGGCUCGCUGGUGCGCCACUGCCUGCAAUACGCGGGCUACCAGUUCAAGGGCGGACCGUGGCGCGACGCGCUGGUCAAAUACGGCCUCGACCCCCGCUCCGAUCCCAAAUACCGCAUCUACCAGACCUUGAUCUUCAAGCUGCACAAGACCCGCAUCGGCACCGUCGGCCGCGAGUGGAAGGCCGUCCGCCGUUCCGAACUGGGCGUCACCAACUUUGGCAAGUACUGGAACAGCUACGGCGAGGGCGCCAAUCUCGGAAGAGGAUCCGAGCGCCGCUCGCGCGAGACGCACGUGUUCACGGGCGAGUCGUUCAGUACCGACGGAAAAGUCUGGCAGGUGUGCGACAUCACGGAUCCUCUCCUCCGUCGGUUGUUUGAAAAUGCCGAGGUGCGGCCCGAGUGCGACACCGAGAUAUCGGGAUUCUACCACCGCGUGCUGUGGUCGGUGGCGAAAGCAAUCAUGAAGUGCAAGAUGCUCGCCAUCCGGUUUGGCCGCACGCUGUCGGACGACGAUUUCGGGUGCACGUUGGAAGCCGUCAAGGGGCCGAAUGAUGGGGGAGAUGGUGGUUCGGGAACUAGUAUUGGCAUCACGCUGCCUGAUCUGCAGCUCACGGCGAAGGAGUGCGAGCAGCUACGGGGGAGAAAUAAAAUCAAGCCGGGCCUCAAGCAAGGGCGUGAUCGGUGGGAGGAGAGGAAGAAGAAGACGCAUUAUAGAGUUAGGAUUCCCCUAAAGGAGGUGGAGGAGCGCGAGGCGGAGAAGAUGGCGUUGUUGUUGGGGAUUGGACUUAAGCCGAGAGAGAGGAGGCGGGCCCCGGCUGAUUCUACCGCUGGUCUGGGACCUUCUGCGGUUGCUUCUGCUGCUGCUCCAGGUACAGAAGUGGAUGAAGUACCGCUUGAUCCAGCACUGGCGAGUAUCGGCGUAGACUCAGCUCGGGCUGAUACCACCAACCCCACAACCACCAAGAAACCGUCAUCUACCACCGCAGGCGAGGGUCAAACCGUUACCCUCGAAACACGACAUCGCCAAGAUCAUCGUGAAGACGAGGAAGAAGAAGAAGAAGAAGAAGAAGGCGAAGAAGAAGUCCAAGCCCCCAAGAUCCUCCAAGACAUCUUCGAAGACAACGAAGACGAAGAGUUCGAAGGUCUUUCCGAAGAAGAGGAAGAAGAAGAAGAAGGCGACUUUAGUGACGGCGACCUUCUUGGGGACGAAGAUGAGGACGAGGAUGACGAGCGUGGCUACGAUGACGAAGACGACGAAGAGGAGGAUCGAUACGGCGGCUACCGAACUGAUGGGGGCUACCAGACCGAUGGCGGCUAUCAGACCGAGGGUGGCUACCGUUACCGGACGGAUAAGGAACUUGGUGACGAGGACGAGGAUGAGAGUGAAGAGGAAGAUGAUGAAGAGGGAGCAGGUGGCGAGGGUGAAAAUGGGGAGGAAGGCGAGAGGGGAAGACCUCAUUAUAGGCAGCAACCCCAGGCGUGGGAUGAAGAGGAUGUGGACAUUGACGAAGAAGACGAGGAGGAGUAUAGCGACUAUUGAUCGCUUUCUCGGCUCUGGCUCUUUAUCUUGGUUUUGCUACUCGAACUUCAUCACCCAUAGCUUGAGAUGACAGAGGUCUUUAGUUGUCUAUUGGUCUUGCGCGCGUUUAUUCGCUCUACGAAAGGUGCUGUACCUUAUCACGUUUUGUACGAGACGAUUUGAUAAGUCUGAUUAUUAUAAUCCUACAUGGCUGACAGGGUUACCUUUACCAGCGGCAUCUUCUACAGCAUGGGGGGCAUAAUGAUGAACGUCGGCGGAAUCCUCGAGUCCAUUCUCGGCAACACAUUCCCAUGCGCCGUCUUCAUGUCCUUCGGUAAGGGUCACGAUGCUGUCCCUCUUAAGAUCAAGCAAGACAGGGUGAAACCGGGCAGUCGAAUGGUUCGAUCAAGGGACCUUCCUCAUCGGCCUGGCCAUAACCCUGACCCCGGCAUACAACGCAUCUACCGCCUUCGACCCAUCGAACCCCAUGCACCCAGGCUUCGAAAAUUCGUUCAGCCCCUUUUUGGGUAACUCGCCACUUGUUUGUAAGAUUAGGUACACAAUGUCAUUAAAAAGCCAACUGCGCCCGGUAGAAUGCGGGAAAUAAGCGCAAAGCCAUGUUGUUUUCGUGUCUCUGAUACAUCAAAUCUUGGACUAGCUUCCACAUAACCAUGCCCUUUCUUGGUUAAACGA